GGCUCGCCCAGGGUGCGGCGGCUGCGCGCUCCGUCCACAAGGUGAAAGAACAUGGCUUUCUCAUUCAGACUAUAGCAUCCAACGCUGUGGUUUUUCCAUUUACCCACACAAAAUGGAACCCGAGAGACGACGCAGCUGAGGAGAUUACAGAGUCCUUACCAGUGAAAGACAUUCAAGCCUACAUAGUUUUCAGCUGAAACAAAUAACCACCCGCUUCGCCACAGCAUAAUAGAUUAGAACAGGGGGAAAAUGAACAUCACUAACUGUACCCCGGAGGCCAGUGUGGCCGUGAGACCCAAGACCAUCACAGAGAAGAUGCUCAUUUCCAUGACUCUGGUGAUCAUCACCACCCUGACCACGCUGCUAAACUCCGCCGUGAUCAUGGCCAUCUGCACCACCAAGAAGCUCCACCAGCCUGCCAACUACCUGAUCUGCUCUCUCGCCGUGACGGACCUCCUGGUGGCCGUGCUUGUCAUGCCCUUGAGCAUCAUGUACAUCGUCAUGGACAGCUGGAGGCUGGGGUACUUCAUCUGCGAGGUGUGGCUGAGUGUGGAUAUGACCUGCUGCACCUGCUCCAUCCUUCAUCUCUGUGUGAUCGCCCUGGACAGGUACUGGGCCAUCACCAAUGCCGUCGAGUACGCCAGGAAGAGGACCCCCAGGAGGGCCGGGCUGAUGAUCCUCACGGUCUGGGCUAUCUCCGUCUUCAUCUCCAUGCCCCCGCUGUUCUGGAGGAGCCACCGCCGCCCCAGCCCCCCGCCCAGUCAGUGCACCAUCCGGCACGACCACGUCAUCUACACCAUCUACUCCACGCUGGGGGCAUUCUACAUUCCCCUGACUCUGAUACUGAUUCUCUAUUACCGGAUUUACCAUGCAGCCAAGAGCCUUUACCAGAAGAGAGGUUCGAGCCGGCACUUAAGCAACAGAAGCACAGAUAGCCAAACUUCGUUCGCCAGUUGUAAGUUGACACAGACGUUCUGCGUGUCUGACUUCUCCACCUCAGACCCUACCGCAGAGUUUGGGAAGAUCCACUCCUCCAUUAGGAUCCCUGCCUUUGACAAUGACCUGGAGCACCCAGGAGAACGCCAGCAAAUCUCCAGCACCAGGGAGCGCAAGGCAGCACGGAUCCUGGGUCUGAUUCUGGGCGCGUUCAUCUUAUCCUGGCUGCCAUUCUUCAUCAAAGAGCUGAUCGUAGGUCUGAGCACCUACGUCGUGUCCUCCGAGGUGGCCGAUUUUUUGACCUGGCUCGGUUAUGUGAAUUCUCUGAUCAACCCUCUGCUCUACACAAGUUUCAAUGAAGACUUUAAGGUGGCUUUUAAAAAGCUUAUUCGGUGCCGAGAACAUACCUAGAUUGUAAAAACUCAGAGGGCUUGACUUUAGCAGCCUCGUGAGUGCACGGGGUAAGGAAUGCAGCUUAUUAAUUCUUGAACAUAGUUGGUUCAGGAGAGUUUGUAAGUAUGUGUGGUCUCGUUUUGUCUUUUUUUCUUUUUCUGUUUUGUUAUUUCAUGUGCUAUUUUCUACCUCUGGUCUUAUUUGUGGUACAUAAUUUCAAAUAAACAUUAUCAAACAAAAACAAA